AUGGAUCGUGCCUGGCUCAAAUUUGGAGAGCGCGAGCUGGAAGAUGUGGCAGAGUCUGUUCCGAGGUUUGGAACAGAGACCAUGUCAAGGAUUGGUGAAGAUCGACAACUCAGACUAAGCGUUAUGAAAGGCUUUUCUCUUGAAACAAGUCUUGAUGACAUAAAAGAAUGGCUUGAAGGUAAAGGAACUGUAGAAAAUGUCUUUAUGAGAAAGGAUGCCCAAAGGCAAUUUAAGGGUUCGAUAUUUGCUGUGUUUGACACUGUGGAAGCUGCAAAGAAUUUUGUAGAGACACCCAGUUUGAAAUAUAAAGACAACGAUUUGCUUGUACUUUCCAAGUCUGAUUACUAUAAUAUGAAGGCUGAAGAAAAAAAGAAGCUUCAGCUUGAAUCAAAGUCAAAGUCUAACCAAGCUAAAGAUAGACAAAAGAAAGCUGAAGAUGCUGAAAUGGAAUCUUUGUAUGAAAAGACUGGGUGUUUACUCAAGUUUUCCGGAGAUUUGGAUGACAGCACGAGUAGAGAAAACCUACAUGAGCUGUUUGAUCCUCAUGGAGAAAUUAAAUGGAUUGACUUCAGCAGAGGUGCAAAAAAUGGUAUCAUCCUUUUCAAAGGCAGUGCAAAGGAAGCACUGGAAAAAGCAAAAGAAGCUCAUGGAGGAACACUAACCUUGAAAAACAAGGAGACCACGUGGGAAAUUGUCGAGGGUGACACAGAAAAAGAAGCCUUGAAAAGGAUCAUAGAAGACCAACAGGAGUCUUUCAAAAAAAAAGGAAGGGGUAGAAGAUCUAGGGGAAAAGGUCGUAGAGGAGGACAACCCAAUAAAAGUCAAGUUACUUUUCAAGGCAAAAAGACAACAUUUGAAAGUGAAGAUGAAAGCGAUGAAGCAGAUUCUGUUAGCCCAAAGAAGAGAGCACUUGAAGAAAAUGAAGUGGAAGAACCAGCAUCAAAACUGCAAAAAACAGAAAAUGAAUCAGGAAAUCAAUAGCUUUCCACACAGAGGAACCACAAUGCUAAAUGUUUUUAAAUGUUUAUUUUAUUAUUGGGUUUUAGUCAUUCCAACUCAGUAGUCACUUGAAAGUAAACCGGAUGAAAUCCACUUCAAUAUCCACCUGAAAGACAAAAAAAAAGUUAUAAGCAAUGGUAUCCAUUUGCUUUUUGAAUGACUUUCUUUAAAUAUUUGCCUUUUUGAUGAACAUUUCUGUAAAUGUUAUUGUACAUUAAUUAAAGCAUUUAUGUUUAAGGGAAAUAAAACUUUGUGGUGUUGCCUGAAAAGUGGAUGAUGGAAUAAUUUCUGAUGCCAAGCACUAAAUUUUGUGUAAAUGAAUUCCACGUUUAGAUUUUAGAUGAAAUAAACUACCAGCCAGCAAAAGGUAUUGUA